GGACGAGAAAUAAAUAUUGGCAAUUUUAUUCUGGCAGUUUCUGCCGCAAUAGUGCAAAAAAACGAUGGCUAAUGCAAUAUUGAACCAAAUUUUCUUAUUUCUUUUGAUAUUACUUUGUUUCAUAGAGGCUGAAUGUCGGACAUGCUGGUAUAAUGGUUAUGGAUACACCAAAUAUUUUUACUGUGCCGUCAACCAGUAUUGCUGUGGACCUGCCUGUUGUCAGAGUGUCGUUUCAUUUUAUAGACUUUGGUAUUUUUGGUUAUGUAUAAUUAUGGUGCUAUUGUUCUGCUCUGGAGGUGGUUAUUGGUUCCGAAACAGAUAUGCCCAUCGUCCGUUUAUGAUGUCGGGUAGUGGAUCGACUGUCACCAAUAAUGGCAUUAGUGGAGGUAGCAGGGGCGUGGUCUUACAGACUGCACCAGAGCGAACAGCACAAAAUCAAACUUCACUUUACCCACAAGGCAACGUUCAGCCGACGCCUCCAGCCUAUACCGCCGAAGGCGCACCCUAUCAGACAUACCCGGCAUCUUACCAGUUUCAGUCAUUCGGGCCCCCACCAUCGUAUGACACUGUCUACGGAACAGGAGCUACUACCGGUAGUAAUAAUCAAAGUCAGGCCCAGCCGACACAGCCAGAGUCCAGCCAACCAUCACCACGACCAGCAAAUCAAAGCUAAGCUGCUGCAAGUUAAGAAUGGACAGUAAUCAAGUCACCUGUGAUGAACUAUUCUACCAUUGUUGAAAGGAAUUUCUUGUGCAAGUUUUAUGGACUCGAUUCAUGAGGGCAUCUCUGUUUAAAAAGGGACAACUUGGGCAUGAGAGAUGUUGGUUUUUCAAGCAAAAAUAAUCCUUUGAAUUUUGAUCUGCAACUUUUGUGAAGCAGCCUGAAGUAGACCUUAUGAUAUACUCGGGGUCACUGCAGAGGGAAUCUGAGCUGUACCAGCUUAGUUUUAUCGCUAUGGUUUGAAAUUGGGGGAUGAGUGCAAUAUGUGACAAAGGUUUCCCUUUUUGUGGGAAUGGGUGUUUGAUCUUUAGAAUAGAACACUCACAUUGCCGUUAGGACAUUGUUCUUGCACCAAUGCCGAAAUUCUUCUAAAAAUAUCAUGGCAAUAGUUUUUUACAAUCUUCAUACCUUUCAAACUAUUCCAGACAUCAUAAAAUCAUUUCAAAGUUUUCAGUCAAAUCACUUUUCCUUCAUUGCCAUAUUGGCUGAAUUUCAUAAAUAGUGAUCUUUAGUAUGGCAGAUGCAUGUGCAAUAACUGUUACGUUUGAUACAAUUAUGUAAUUGUAAUUCAUUUUUAUUCAGCUCUGUGUAAAAAAUGAGCACAAUAAUUUUCUGGUAUCUAGAAAUCGUUCAGUCGACAUCUAUUGUAAUCGUUGUUUUCAGUGACCCAUGUUAAUGUAUCUUGACCCUUCUUAUUUCUCAAUAGUCCAUGUCCCUUUAAUGGCGAUGCUACUUUGGCUUUUCGACAACAAGAUCUACAUAUUCAGUAUUCACAAUGAAUCUCACGUUUCUGUCAAAGCAUAUACCAUGUUAUUUGUAGCUUGAGGGCGAUGACUAUGCUUUAUUGGUUAUUCUGUAUUUCUGCAAUUCUGCUGUUACACUCAAGAGUGAAACAUGAUGCCUACUUAUAUUCACUCGGGCUUUUGUAUAGGACUGUGUUAUUUCAAAAACAGCCUACAGACCAAGUCCUGUGGUCUUCUGGCUGUCCGUUGUUUUCCCCUUGCCACAAUACUCUAGGCUGUUAAAAGUCUUAUCUUUUGUUACAGGUUGCAGUGUAUCUAUUGUACAUAUUCUCUACAAGAUCUAUGCCUUUACAUUUCCUUUGACUCAGGAUGUGCCAACUAAACUAUUAGAGACUUAUUAAGUCAUGUGGAACCAAUUACAUUCUUAUAAUUGGAUACAAUGUACAUUGUGUACUUUAGUUUAGGAAGCAGGUUGGAAAUCUAAAUUAUUUCCUGCUUGCUGUUCAUUUGAUUUGUCAUUUAUUUAUUAACGAUGAAAUUUGCUUCCUCUCUUGCUGAGUGGAUGUGUAUGUGUGAUAAUUGCAGUGCAUUUCCACACAAUUUCUCUUAUCUCAGUGUGUCAUUCAUAUGUUGGAAUUAUGAGGGCGAGAGGAUUCAAUUAUUCAUUAUGACAGUUAUAUCUAGGCCACAUCUGUUUGGCAUCACGAAUGUUCAUGACGAGCAUUGUGAAAUAUAUGAUGUACUUGAACUGUCUCCUAUAUCUUCAGUUUAAUACAGGGUGAACCGAAAAUGAAUCGGUUUAGCAAUGUUAACCCUUUAAGGUCUAGCGUGCGGAUGCAAAAUUGUUACCAUCAUGAAAGUUGCGGUUUUAGUGGGGUCUUUUUUGUUGCAAAGUGUCUCAAGUUUCUCACAAAGUGAGACAAGGAUGCUGCCUGAAGUGAUGUUACCACCUUAUUUGUCUCUAAAAUUGACCUAAAAUGCAGUUAAAUUGCAUUUGGAUUGAUUGUGUCUGUUAGUGACUGACUGUUGAGAUAUGGGCUGCUAGUCUUUAUUUAGGUGUCAUUGAUUGCUACAUGGACAGUCUUGUAUGUACUGUAAACCAUAUUUAGUAUUGUGCUAAUCCAGUUUUGUUGCUGAUUAUAAUAUGUUAGCCUUAUGCCUAGUCAUGACGAAUUAUGUAACCUAUUUAUGACAAUUUUGUCUCAUUUGCUUUUUACCUCUUAUUUCUUGAUCUGAGUUUUUCGGUGAUGGUAUUUUACGAUUAUUUGUUCUGUUUUGUUGUUUGUGUAGUAUUUAUUAUUUGAAGAGCUAGUAUUUAUUCGAGUUCACCAUUCAGUUUGAUCAUGUACCAGCUUAUGGAACCUAGCAUAUGUAUAUCCAUUCACUUCUGCCUUGGUGUGGGAGCUUUUAUGAUGCAAUUGAAUAGUAUUGGCAGGUGAGUUGAAAGACAUCACCAUUGCCAUCACUUUGUUGUUCUUCACCAGUAUUAAUUUGAGAGUAAUCAGAUAUAGCUAUAAAGCAGUGUUUCAUGGGAUAGAUGAACUUUGAUGGGGUAUACCAGUACACUUUUGGAGUACAUGAUUCCAUCCCUGACGAAUGUCAAUGAAAAAUGUACUAGGUGACAGCUGGAUUUUGCAAAGGAAGAUGCAUUUGGGGCUCCUGUACAGAUGGCCUACUAUACAUGUGUAGUAGGCCUACAUGUAUAUUUGACAGAUGAACCUGAACCGCCCGAAUGAUCUUGACAUAGUAUAAGCUGUAUUUAGUCAGUUUGCCCACGGGACUCAUAUAUUGUUUUGGCAUGAUAACGUAGAGAAUUUGGGAAAAAGAUGAAAUAUGUAUUCAAGUUUAUUACAUUCUUGUCAUAAUGCUUUUCACCUGUAUUACAACACUGUACAUGCUGUGUUGGUAAUUUAGACAUAAAUCAAAUCUAUUGACA